CUUAUUGUAUACGUUGGAGUGUGUGUGUGUUUAUGGUCUGUAGAUGUAGUGUACAUUUUUUAUUUAGUCUUGAAGUAAGUAGCAUUAGUUUCAUCUUUAACGUCGUACGUAGGCGUUUACUGUCUACAGUUGCAGUAAUAGUUGGUACUGCUGUAUGUAUGGUUUACAGGUCUUGACGCCUCCUAAAUUAUGUAUACUGACUGUCGCCACCUUCAAUAGACGUCCGUUUUGGACCAGCGUCCCCAAUGGGCCUGCACUUUAAACUUCAGUGAAGACAGCAAGCGGACGGCAAAGAAUGUGGCAGAGCGUUGGGCUCACCCUGCUGGUUAUCGUCGCCACCCUCGCGUGUGUCCUGCUCUUUAUGUUGUUUGGAUGGUACGUUGUGUGGCAGUUGUUCCUGUCAAAAUUCAAAUUUCUGCGGGAGCUAUUGGGGGAUACGGGGUCCCAGCAUGGUGAUAUUGAAGAGUCAGAAAAAGAUACUGAAAGAGGGAUGCCAUCCACACCCCGUCACCGGCCGAAGAGUGCACGGCAGCGCAAACUACUAACUGAGGAGACGACUUAAAAGGUCCCAGGCAGCCUGGUGUUGCAUUUUGAGUUGACGGAACUCUCGGAGCUCAUCUUACAUUUACGAUGGUAUUUGAGAUAGCUGACUUUGUAUUCACAAUGUUAUGAAGCUGCUUUACUGUAAAAUACUGUAUCCAGGUACCACCUAUGUCUUUCGGUAACAUCACAUGCUGCUACUUGCACAUGGAUAUCAUAAAAUGUUUUUAUUUGGGUUUGUCCCAAAUACAGAUUCAUAUUGUGCUUGCCAAAACUGAAAUUGCAGUCUUUUAGGUGUAGAAUGACACUCGGCAACCAGAGCCAUCUUGGUUCAUCUGACAUAUUGUGAUUCAUUUUGAGAUGGACACCCAGAAGGUCAUGCUCUUGCUUACUAGAAUCGGUUAUGUUUUUGUCUUGUAAAUGGAGGCAUUUUCAGCCAAAUGGAUGUGUUCUUAGAGGCAACAACUCCUGAUGUUUCGCCAGUGAGUACAGUGAGAAACCAACCAGGUGGUUGACUUUUUGGCCAUUACACCCUUACUGCAUGGCUUGAGGAGCGCUGCUGUUUAUAUACUCAUAAAUAUAUUUAAAGAAAAGUAACAUAACUACUGGACUUUAUGGUUAAGCAGGAUUGUGAAAUACAUGUCAUGUUGCACAUCAAUAGUUUUAUUCCCCUUUUUUGUGUGGAACUCUAUGUAUAGUUGAUUUUAUUGUGAAUUUGGUUUUAAUGCAAUCUUAUAACACAGUCGUCAGGAACACCAUACACUGUUUAGUUUAUAUAUGUAUUUCACAAUUUUUACCAUAGCUGUUGUCCUUGAUAAUAAAUAUAUUUUAAAGCAGUGUACCAUAUACUGUGUUGUCUGGUACAUAAUUAAUAUGUCUUUUUUUUCCCCCCACUUAAUUUUAAACUAAUAUAGCUUUUCUCUAUUUAGUUAGACAGCUUGUCAGUUUGCCUCAUUGAAAGAUGUGAAAUAUGGGUAAAGGAGGCUUUUUCAUCAGAAUUCAGUUUUCUUAUUACCAAGAUGAUGUAAACUCGGCCAGCACAUGUGAUCUAUGGACUUUGUUACAUCAACAACCAUUUUGCUUAAAAACAUUGUCUUCCAUUAUAUUAAUUGUUGUGAGGGUUUAAUUAAUAAUUUACAUUUGCUUUUUAAGAUCUCUCAGGUGUGAAAUUGGGAAUUUUGUGCACCACAGAAUUUAAAGAGGUGAAAUGAAAAAUAUGAAAGUUGUUGUCACCACCCAUUCAAAAUAAAUAGUCGUAGAAAGGACUCCAUCAAGCAUCUUGAGAUGCCAUUUUUGAAGCAAAGCCUGGUAUGGCAAAUUAAAUAGGCAACACUCAGCUACAGAAGCACGUAAUAUACAGUACAGUAUGUGUAACCAUGAGGCACAACUACUAAGAAAAAAUAAAACUGGAAGACUAUAUUAGUUUAGCUGUCUUGAAAAAAAUACUUAAUGCAUACCUGAUAUUUUAAUGUGUUGAUAAAGACUCACUAGACAGUCUAACCUCAUGUUGUACAUUGUAGUGAAACACACAGCAUGGUGCACUCUGAUCUCUAUAACAUGCUUCUGCUACAUCAAAGUACCCAGCAUACACCAUGCUGUGUGACACCAGGUAUGAAUUUACACUGUUUCACUGUCUAGGAUAUCCACAUACAUCCAGUAAACCAAAAGGAGGGUGUGUUAUAAGGGAAAGAAGAGGGUGGCUGAGCUUUAUUGGGAAGGAAGGCGAAUCAGACCUCCAGAUUGUACAAUAUGGAGUAGGCUGUUAUUGGGUUGAUAAUCUGUCCUGGGCUGACAUCCUCUCCCUUUUCACCACAAGGUUGUUCAAGGCAAACUGAGCAGCAUCACUCAUACAGCUUGUAAGGCGCUAAGCUGUCUGGUUUCUGGGCACACAGUCUUUUAGUUUUUGUUCCAGGACAUUCAUCAGAGCCUAUCAGACAGGACAGAAUGUGUUAGAUGCACAGUGGAGAGUGUUUGCUGGAAGACUUGUUCCACCCACUGUAGUAAGAGAGAAAGCUCCAACAGUUUUUUCCUAUAGUCUUUGGAUCUGAGGAGCCUAUAUUGUUGUGACUUAGCAGUAUCUAGGUACAAACAUGGUGUAGCCCAGUUGUUCCAGCUGAACCUUUUAGCUGUAGUUGGAAAAAAAUAGGAUAUGGAGUUUCACACAUAGAUGUUCCUGUACAGGCAAAGAAAGCCAUCAACAUGUUAAGGGUGUUGGCAUGUCCUUCCAGCUAUCGCAGGGUGUUUUGUACAGGACUGGCCACAUUACUACGUCCAUCUUGGCACACUAAUUGAAGUAAAACACUUGCCAUGUGGUGGCUUUACUGUCUGGGGGAAUUAGUGGGCACACCUGAACUAUGUACUAAAGAACAGAGAAUCUUCUUGUGUAGUACCAGUGCUUUGUCUUUGAUGGAAAGGUCUUUGAGGCUCCAUGGGGUGAUCUUCUAACAAAUUGUGUCUAGCUUUUCAUCCCAGGACUUCAGGUUUGCACCCUGUCUGUUGUACCAGAUUCCCAAAAUGUUGAAGUCAUGUUUGAUGAUCCUGGGAAAGGUGGGCAAACAACAACACUUAAAACUGCAUGAAGAACAUCACUGGAGCACUGUCAUGAGUUACUGGUCUGUCCAGUGCACAGUGAUACUGUCCAGGUAGACUGAAUACGUUAAAUGUUUCUACAGCAUUAUUCACUGAGCACUGUAAUAAGCUCACAGGUAAAUGCAAUUAUAAACUUUACAAAUAGCUAAUUGCACAUUGAGUGCACAUAAAGACACGUUUGUUAAAACAGACAGUAAAUGAAGUGGUUUGAAACUGAUUAACAUAAAUGGGACCCAGCAAUAUCAGUUUAUCAGUUGUUGAACUGUGGCCAGUAGAUGUCAGAGAAGAAAUUAAACUUCUGGGGGUCCGUGGUCAGUUACAAAGUCAGAUGUAACCACAGUUCUGGAGAUUUUGGCCAAAUGGCAGCCCAUGAAAAGAAAUAGAACUGUAAAAUUUGUAGCUGCUGCUUUGAGUGAAGUUACCACUGCCAUAGAGAUCUGGAGACACAAGACAGAAGUCAGCACUGGUGUGAAUGAGUUGUGGAGGGUUUUGAUGCAAACUAGUGGUUCGACAAUUUCAGAAUGGCAUCGGAGACAUUCAGACACUUCUGUCAAUGGAUCUCUGCAAAACUCUCAGGAGAACAAUAGUUGAAGAGCUCUGUUUCUGUUGCAUAGCAGUUAAACUGUAUUGGCUAGUGACAGUCACCCCAAAUACUUUUUAAGUCCACCACCUUGCAUUCUUUCUAUUGGCACACUACAUUGCAGCCCUAAUUUUCAAUGCAUAGGUAUGACGAAGGUAAUAUAAACAAGGAAUGAAAGUAGUGUACAUUUCUAGACAAAUCUGAUAGAAGUAUUCAGAGGCAGAUCAUCUUUAAGUGUCACAUGUCUGUAUUGGGUGUAGUGUCGCAUACAAAAGUGGUCCAAUUUUCUAACCAGAUCGGAUAUGUGUCAUAUACUGUAUACGUGAACAAAUGUGGAAUUGAUGUGCAAUGUGAACAAGAAGGCUGGAAUAUACAGAGGAAAGGGCUUGUAAAAUCCUACUUGGCCAACCUUGUACUGGUGGUGGUCUGGGCCCUGCAUGAUAGCACAUUGCUGUUGCUCUCCCCACUUAGCUGCUGCCAUUCUUUUGUUUUUCUUUAUUUGUGACUCUCGCAGAGAGACCAGCAAAAAGAAUGUUUCUCCACUCCAGUUAGUAAUACUUCAAAUUCACAUUCACAUAAGUUUCAUUGUAUGGCUUUUUCCACAGUUUGUAGGAAAGAAGUUGCUCAGCAGUAUGGGCAAAUUUAGAUGUUGAUUAGAUCAUAGAUAUUCAAAAUAGACAUUUUUACAUCAUACUGUAUAUACUACUAACAGACAGUGAAAGGGAGUGGCUAACAAUUUGAUCACACGUGCAUAGUUUAAAUUUGAUUUGAGAUUUGUAAAGGAGCUUAAUGUGGCAUGCAAUCAGUUUUAUAAAUCUAAUUUUUUUAUGCUAUGUUUGCCAUUCAAGUGUAAACAAAAUUUUAUUCUGGAAUCUAUGCAGGUUUUUUUUUAUAUGAGGGUCUCAAGUGUGAUAAAGUCCAUUAGUUUACAGAGAGCCAACCUUGACUAAAUGAUUAAACAACCACAAAUUAGUCCAUAUGUUAACCUCUGCUCCGAUCAGCUAGAACGUUUCUGUACCAAAUGAAAAGUGUAUUAUGUUGCUCCAAAUAUAAUUCAACCUCAAAAAUGUUUUCCACUGAGCAGUUCAUUUUUUUUUUGUUGUAAUUUACUGACUGAGGUGACAGGUGGAGAAUUUGGGUAGCACCGUUUUCUCCCAGUUAGCCGACUCUGACCUCUGACUUUAAAGUAGUUCAUUGGACAUUUGUCACUGGCAAAAUUGGAUUUCUUGUCUGCCUGAUAACAAGUAAACACAGAAUAAUACUGACCAAAAUAGUGACACAAAAAAGCAAGAUGGUAAUGUGACAAGACAACAUAAAUAAUGUUGGGAACAUUAUUGUUGGUUUUAAAUCUUUCUAAAUAGAUUACUCAUGGGUCAAAACACAACAUUUAGAAAGCAAAGUUAAGAAAAUGUGUAAAGCACAUGUACAGAAAAAAAUCCAAAGUGUACAUACCACAUUAUGACAAUUGGUUAUUGCAAGUUUAUGGACAGAGAGACAGAGGGGUGAUCACAAUGUGUAGAUUGGCUGUGCUGUUUGUCUAAGACGGGUUGAAAUCUUAGCAAUCGGCAUAGACCUCAUGAUUUUUUAUUUGAUACACGGGUUGUCCACUUGAAUUAGUGUUUUACAUGCCCAAUCCCUUUCUUGCAGUGGUCCUUUCCUCUUUGGACAGAGCUACCUGUUUUGGCUGCUUCCUCCACUCUUAUAGUUGUAGUGUUUUUUCAAAAUGUAGUGAUGGUCGCUACAGCAUUUGCCCAGUUUACAGACUGUAGCCUAAUUGUGUUGGGGCUCUGGUUUUCUGAUAUGGGCGCUGAUUUAUCAUUCAUUUCACUGCUCUAUGACUCACCAUGUGCAGUUAACAGUCAUUAGCAGUAGAGCUAUAAACCUCAUUCACGUGGGUGCAAGACUGUUGUUACCACGUUAGUGUUGCCAGCGUAUAACAUCGGACAACAGAAUAGGCCAAUAAGUCCAGUUUUCUUGUUUCUAGACCC